AUGUCCAGUAAAGUGGCUGACGUCAAGCAGGCUAUCGACACAUCUGGACGAGGUUACUGCCAAGCCCCAGGGGUACGCCAAGCCUCGAUCCAACUCUUCGGUCUCUACGUCGGCUUCGUCCCGUUCUACCACCAGUCUCACGUCGAAUUUGAAGACCAAGUGACGAUGCGACAACUACUCGAGCCAUUGACGACGAAUCAGACCCAAAAGCUAAAGACGUUCGUCGCGUUGAUCGAACGCUCGAACCAAGUCCAGCAAGGGCUGGAUCGCCUUUGGUCACGCUGUGCCAUCCCGUCGUCGAACGCCCAAGAUCACUGCGAGAACUUCAUGAAGCAGCUUGUGGAACAAGCUGACCGUGGUGGUCUGACCGACAACGAACGCAAGUCCCUUCUUGGUCUGAAGCUCUCGGCCGACAAGACUCCCGCUACCCUGAACGCCUGGUGGAUCGCUUACUCCAAGACGAAAGGCGGUGACCACGAUAGCUUUGUGGACCAGUUAGGCAGUAGCAUUCCUCGCGACUAUAUGGACAACCUGAGCGCUCCAUGGCCGAACCCGUCAAACGUUUACCGAGCGUCCACAAUCUUCCUGUCCCAAUCCGACUCGUUCACGUCGAGACGAGUUUCAUUCACGACCAGACAAGUCGAGCCUGCAGCCCAUGAUUCCUUUGACUCGACUCCACAUGGAGCACCCAGGAGGGUCCUCACUCAAAUUGGGGCCCCCAACAUCGUCUGCCAAACUCACAUUGUGGAGUUCAGUAUCGACACAAGCGAUGCGCAAGCGAUCCGAAACGCCGCAUACCGCUCGUCCAAGGCUAAAAGCGACAUCAUGGAGGCCGAACUAAACCAGUACCUAGACCUAUUCUCUAAUCAGUCUGUCCAAGAGCCCCGGGGCCUCGUCACAUUCAAGGACGCGUAUCCGAUGCCCCGUAUCGACGACCUUCUGGGCGUACUCGGACGAGACAAACUAUUCUCUAUCAUGGACAUCGCGUCUGGAUACUGGAACGUCCAGAUGAUGUCCCCGGGAAGCAUUGAGAAGACUGCAUUUACAUGCAACGAAGAAUUCGGUCCACAUCUGGUCCCACUCACCCAAGUCUUGGCCAAGUUCAGAAAAGCUGGCUUCAAGCUCAAGAUGUCCAAAUGCAAAUAG